UCUCUCUUUGUAUAUCUAAUUCUUGUAAUCCAUUGAGCAGGAAUCUCUGUCGACGUCAUUUGUUUUCUUCUUUCCGGCUUUUUUCUUGCCGGAAAAAAAAUGCAAAGAUUGAUCAAACGUUUUCAUACGUUUUAUGUGUAGUGCAUCAUUCUAUUUAUACAAGGUUACAAGUGUGAAACGGUUGAAGUGAUGAUGGAGAAGGGUAAAUCGGAAAAUGACGUGUGCUCGUCGGAGACAGCAAACGGAGGCCAGAAUGUUUGGAAUUGUGAAGAAUCUAAUGUUUCUUCAGCCAAUCAUCUAGUGGUCAUGGUUCAUGGAAUUCUCGGGAGUUCUGAUAAUUGGAGGUUUGGAGCUGAGCAGUUUGUACUCAAACUACCAGAUAAAGUGUUUGUUCAUUGUAGUGCGCGAAAUGGAGCCAAGCUGACAUUGGAUGGAGUUGAUGUAAUGGGUGAACGGUUGGCGGUGGAGGUGCUAGAGGUUAUUAAAGCGAAGCCAGGCCUACAAAAGAUUUCCUUUGUCAAUCAUUCUAUUGGGGGAGUGGUUGCAAGAUAUGCAAUUGGAAAACUUUUUAGACCUCUUUCAGUGGAGAAUAAAAAUAAUUUAUCCAAUCAAAAUUUUGACGAAGAAUUUCUUAAGGGUACAAUAGGUGGUCUGGAGCCUAUUAAUUUCAUUACUGUUGCUACACCUCAUCUUGGUUCACGAGGAAACAAACAGGUACCCUUUCUCUUUGGUCUAACUGCCAUUGAGAAAGUGGCUGGCCAUGUUGUUCAUUGGAUAUUUGGGAGAUCAGGAAGACAUCUUUUCCUCACAGAUGGUGAAGAUGGGAAGCCUCCAUUAUUUAGGCGCAUGGUUGAAGAUAAUGGGGAAUAUUUCUUCAUGUCUGCCUUGCACUCCUUUAAACGUCGAGUUGCAUAUGCAAACGUUGGUUAUGACCAUAUUGUGGGGUGGAGGACAUCAUCAAUCAGAUACAGUAGUGAGCUUCCAAAUUGGGGGGAUUCCUUGAAUGAGAAAUAUCCACAUGUUGUAUACGAAGAGUUCUGUAAAGCAUCUGAUGUUAAAGAGAGUAAAUCUGGUACUGACAGCUCCGAUAAGUUAGAAGAGGAGAUGAUGACUGGUUUAUCAAGGGUUUCAUGGGAAAAGAUAGAUGUUAGUUUCCACAGUAGCAGACUGAGAUUUGAUGCUCAUAAUUUGAUUCAGGUGAAAGAUCCUUACAUGCAUUCAGAAGGAGCAGAUGUAAUACAACAUAUUAUUGACCAUUUUAAUCUGUAAAAGUUCACUAACAAAAGAUCUGAUUGUUUUGAAUCUAAAAGUUCCCGCAAGCAAACUAUUAGGCUAGUGAAACAUAUUUAUUUCAUUCAUUGUAACUUGCAAAUCAAUCAUUAGUGAAAAUAUGAAUAUAGUUAUGAAAUUGAGGAACUGUACUGUAACACUAUUUGAUCAAGUUAAUCAUUUUGUUCUGAAA